GUUCAGAUUUUAUUCUUUUCAUGAUACAUUCUUAUACGUGUAUGAUCAGAGCUAUGGGCUUGCAAAGUAUCUGUCGAUGCCCUUGACAGGGAGGCAGAUAGAUGGAAUUUGGCAUACGUCGGUUGUUGUGUUUGAUAAAGAGAUAGGUUAUGGUCCUUAUGGUCAGGUGAUUUGCAUCUUCAGGCCAGGACAAACUCAGGAUGGCCAGCUUGUGCAAGUGAUUGAUAUGGGAGAGACCACUAUCGAUGAGGAGACGUUUAAUGAUUAUAUCAAAGAAAUGAAUUCGAUUUAUACAGCAGAUAGAUAUCACCUUCUCUAUUUCAACUGUAACUCAUUGACAAAUGAUUGGAUUGGCUUCUUAACAGGAGGUACAAUCCCGUCGUGGAUUACAGAUCUUCCUGCUGACUUCCUUUCAACUUGGCUUGGGGCUGUCCUUCGGCCUAUAAUAAACUGGAUAUACCGCAGAUCCAAUCAGAAGCCGAUCCUCCAUAGUCGUAUAGAGCGAGGAGUCUCGGUUGGAGAGGGAUGCGUGGUGUUAGGCACUGAAUGUGAGAUUGAUGACUGAAGCUGGUGAAGAAAAAGACAAGAGAGGGGAAGAUUAGGGAUAUUUGGGGAUGUUGGUUUGGGGAGUGGUGGAUCUUGGUUGGAUUUGAGUGUUCAUGAGUUUGAUGACUUUGGAGAUGACUUUGGAAUUCUGCGUUUGUGGAUUUCUUAUGUAUGAUCUC